AUGGGGUCGCGCGAGGUGGAUUCGCGGGUCUGUGCCGUCAACCUGCCUCCUACACGGCCCGUAGGCGGCGCGCGUGCAUCACCCAGCUCUGCUGCGUGCCUGCCUAUCGGCAACGACGGCAGCAGCGGUGACGCCACGAACAGCAGCGACCAGCGCGAUGGCGAUGCCAGAAGCGGCGCCAACAUGCGUGCUGCUACAGCCGCCAUUCCCCGCUCCCUGCGGCCUAUCCGCGUCCCAUCCUCCUCAGCCGCCGCCCUUCCCCCGGUUCCCCCGUCCUCCCUGGCCCGCGCCGCGAUGGCUUCAGGAGGAUUCGCCGAAUCGAUCGCCGCUAGUGGCGGAGGCGCCGAUCUCGAUGGCCGCGCCGGUGGGCUCAAACUCAACGGUCAAAACGACGGCUCGCAUAUCCGCGCAGGCGACGCGGCGAAUCUGAGUUUUGGGCGAUGGUGCUCCGGAGACGCAGUGGAGGCACGGAGUAGGCGCAGCGGGUGCAGCAGCAAAGAGAGCAGCGAUGUGGACGCGGGCCAGUGGCGAGGUGACGAUGACGCCCGUGCUCCUGCUCCCCGUGCUGCAGCUGCUCCCGCCCGCACCACCGUCGCUACUGCUACGACGCAUGGCGACGCCUCUCACGGCACGCGCGAGGGCGAUGGUGACGAGUCGUGCGGGGCGCGUGGCAAUGAGGGCGGGUGGCCGAGGGGCGGUGGUGGGGCGGAGAGUGACGCUGCGGGCGGGACGAGGGAGGAGGGCAGGCGUGGUGAGGCGAGCGAGCAUGCAGGCGCGCGAGGGCGUGGCGGAAUGGGCUCAGGGCCUUGCGCGGACAGCACGGUGGACGUCGGUAGCAGCGCGCGCGGUGGUGGUGGCAGGGGCGCGUGGCAGUUUGACGACGGCGUGACAGGCGACGGCGUGUGGCCCGUGGAGCAGGACGCACUGUGGGCAGCGCCAGGGGGGUGCGCGCACAGGGGGAGCGCGCGGGGGAGUGCGGAGGAGAGAGGGGGCGAGAGAGUGAGUGAGAAGUCGAGUGGGAGCGUGUGGUGGGUGGAAAAAGAGAUGUGCAGAGGAGAGGAAGUGGCGGGAGGAGGUGGGGGAGGCGGCGAGGUGGAGAGGCGCGCGAGGGUGGAUGUGGGGGGGCGUGCAGAUGCGAGUGCGGAGGAGCGCGAGUACUCGCUGCUGUGCCACUCGCCCAGAUACGCCGCGUAUCGAGACCGAAGGUCGUCGGCGCAGCAGGUGCAGGCGAGUGCGUCAUCGCGGCUGCACGAGGCGCAGGUGCGUCGCUUCCGCUCCACGCUGCGCUUCCUGGGCCUCGACACCUCGUCGUGCCGCUGGGCCGUGCUCACGUGGGGCACUGGCGUGGCGCUGCUGCUCGUGGUGCCGUGCGGCCUCUACGCCUACGUGCAGCCCGCCGACGACCUCCCCCAACACCAACUGCCCUUCCAGUUACUCGUGCUGCUGCUGCACAACUCGCUGGGCGUGGUGGCGUUUCUGUUCCUGCGGGCGGCGCUGCGCACGCACGGGCUGCACGCGGUGCUCUUCCUGGACUCCGCGGCACAGGAGGACGAGGCGCUGCAGGCGCAGUACCUGCACGCACUGCAGCAAAACCGUGCAAUGCUGCUGUGGCUGCUGAUGCCGCUCUUCCUGCUGCAUCUGCUGCACAAGGCGCUGCUCUUCGCCUGCAUACCCUUGCGCACGGAGCCGCACCUGCUGCCGCCGCGCUACCACGUGGUGCAGCUGGCGCUGCUCUUCCUGCUGGGCUCCAUCUCCUGGCUCUUCGCCGCCUCCACCUUCCUCUUCACCUGCGUGCUCUUCUCCAAGGCCUGCUCCCUGCAGGAGCUGAAGAUGCAGGGGUACAGGGACGUGGUGCAGCGGUGCAGCGACCCCGCCUUCUGCUUCUUCGAGUACACGCGCAUCUCCGCGGGGCUGGCGGGCAUCAGCCGCCGCUUCCGCCUCUUCCUGCUGCUCGCCUUUGCCAUCACGCUGCUGGGCGCGCUGGCGUCCAUGUUCCACAUGGUGCAGUACCGCGAUGGCCCCACGCCCCUCUCCUUCCUCAACUCCGGCCACCUCAUUGUGAGUCGCGCUGCCUCCUUGUCAUUCUCACCACUUGCCAUGCCUUUCUCAUUCUAUGCUUCUUUUGGUUCCCACACUGCCGUCCCACGCAUGUCUGUUCUGGCAUUGCGGUGGCAGGUGGCGAACGUGGUGGCGCUGGUGGGCACGGGCAUGUGUCUGCGCUGUGCGUCCAAGCUCGCCCACCUGCACCGCCGCAUCGUGCGAGUCGCCGCCGCCAUGCACGCCCAGCACACCUUCGACUCCGCGCCCCUCCUCCCCCCCACUCCCUCCCUCUCCUUCCCCCCUGCAUUUCCACCGCCAUUCGCUCACACUGCCCCUCCUGCUCUCCUGCAGCCUACAGUCCGCGCUCUCUCGCCCGUCAACCCCAUAGCAAUCCCCCCUCGCCACAGCUCUCCACCCUCCAGCGUGCUGUGCCCCCAACCUUCCCUGCCCGCCGCCCACCCCUCGUUUGACCUCACGACUGCCCCUUGUGCUGACCUGGUGGACCGCGCAUACACUGGCUCACCCUGCUCUGCCAUCAUGCCAUGCAUCACAUUUGUCAUCCCAUCUGCUGUGAAUGCUCUGCCACUGACCCUAUGGUCGCGCCCUUACGGCCGCAUCGACCCCUUGUGCUGUCCCUCGCGCCCUCUGCUUCCAACAGUCAACUUCCUGUCCAGCUCAGCAGUGGGAAUCUCCGUGUACGGGUUUGUACUCGAUAGGGUAUUUAUCCAUACAAGCGUGGGAGCAUUGCUCACCACCACGUGGUUCAUCCUGGGUCAAUCUCUCAGUGCCUCCUUCAAGCCACGUUGA